AUGGAUUCUGCCCACCCUCUUCAGAAUCAUACUGCGAUUCAGCACCCGCCUCAGUGCCGCAAUUGUGGUAAUGCUACCACCUGGGGAACCUGCCGCCCGGACAAUAUGAACGGCAAUGCAAAUCGCCCACGCUACAUCUGCUCCUGUGGAUUGUUCGCUUGCUUCGGGGAUAUGCGCGGUGUCCUGGUGGAAAACCCUCCCUGCGACUGCAAUGACAGCAUGGAGUUCAGCAGACGUAUCGUAGCAGGUCCAAAUGUGCAAAUUCCCCGAUCGAUUUUCUAUCGAUGCGCUACCGGGCGUUGUGACUUUUACAGCUACAUGAAAGACCAGGAUGGCAAUAUUAUGGUUUACGAUGGCCCUAUUGAUCCUCUUAUCAUGGCCGAUAGUGGGCACUAA